AUGUCGAGUAGCACGCGACAGCUGCGCUACAAAGGAAUGCUCCAGGCGAACCUGGAGAAGAUCAUCAACGACGGCGUUCGCUUCAACCUGAAGAAACUCGACCACUGUACACAAAACAUUGCAAAGUUCAAAGCAAGGAACCAGGUUAAUGAGCUCAAGCGCGAGUACAUGAACGGAAAGUUGUUGAUUCAAAGGCUUGAACUGAGCGUUAAGGAGCUUCAAAAUUGUUACAGCUCAUUAAAAAGUGCUGACGUAGAUCGAAAACUCGAAAGGAUCGUCACAGAGCAUGAACGCGAAGUGAACAGCAGGAUAAGAGCUUUCAACAGGCUGGAGGAAAGGGCUCAAUCCAAACCAGUUCCUGACAUCAAUUCUCGCAUCGACGAAAAGUCAACCUCAAUGACUACUGAAACUUCGCCUAAUUUUGAUUUAGGAGUACAGCUUCACAAAGAUGCCUCUCAGCUCGUCGACUCUAGGGAAAGGUUGCGCAAAGUUCAAGCGCUCAAUGAAAAUAUUGAAGAUUUAAACACCAUUGCCGUCAACCUUGCCACUCUAGUUCACGAACAGCAAGAGACUGUCGACAAUAUAGAAAAUAAUGUAACUCAAACAGCUGCCGAUAUUGAAGAGGGGACAAAGUCACUAGUCAAGGCAAGCACAUAUGCCACCGUUGCCCCUAUUACCUGUGCCGCAAUUGGCGGAGUUGUUCUUGGCCCAGUCGGCGCAAUCAUCGGAUUGAAAUUAUCCGCUGGCAUAAUCUCCGCUUUGGGCGGCUCUGCUGUGUCCUACACUGUGGCCAAGUUCGUACAGAAUCACAAGAAGGAGAUAGCAGAGAAAGACCUGAAAUCUAUUUCGAGCAAAUGA